GCCGUCUCAGUUAAUCAUUUUCUCACGCAAACCUUCAGCUAUGGAUCCCUUUUCCCCUUCCUCCUCCUCCGCAAUCGCGCGCCAAACUUGGGAAUUGGAGAACAACAUCGUCUCCGCGGCGUCCGACGCCGCUGAUUCCUCCUCCGACGCGAUCUUCCAUUUCGACGCGGCGGCGCAGGCGAAGUUCCAGCAGGAGAAGCCGUGGGCGAACGACCCACACUACUUCAAGCGCGUGAAGAUCUCCGCCCUAGCUCUCCUCAAGAUGGUCGUACACGCGCGCUCCGGCGGCACGAUUGAGGUCAUGGGGCUUAUGCAGGGGAAGACCGACGGCGACGCCAUUAUUGUCAUGGACGCUUUUGCCCUCCCCGUGGAGGGCACCGAGACUAGGGUUAAUGCGCAGGCGGAUGCCUAUGAGUAUAUGGUUGAGUAUUCGCAGACCACGAAGGAGGCUGGUAGGCCAGAGAAUGUGGUAGGAUGGUAUCACUCUCAUCCUGGUUAUGGAUGUUGGCUUUCCGGUAUCGAUGUCACCACACAAAUGCUAAACCAGCAAUACCAGGAGCCCUUUCUUGCUGUUGUUAUUGAUCCUACAAGGACGAUUUCUGCUGGAAAAGUAGAUAUCGGUGCAUUCAGGACAUAUCCAGAAGGGUACAAACCCCCAGAUGAGCCGGUCUCUGAGUAUCAAACGAUCCCCUUGAAUAAAAUUGAAGACUUUGGUGUGCACUGUAAACAGUACUAUGCAUUGGAUGUCACAUAUUUCAAGUCUUCUCUUGAUUGCCAUCUCUUGGAUCUACUAUGGAAUAAGUAUUGGGUAAACACCCUUUCUUCUUCUCCUUUGCUGGGUAAUGGAGACUAUGUUGCUGGUCAAAUCUCCGACUUGGCUGAGAAAAUAGAGCAAGCUGAUAAUCAUCUGUCUCAUUCGCGCUAUGGAACCUUGUUAUCAGCUCCCCAAAGGAAGAAGGAGGAAGAAUCUCAACUCAGCAAGAUAACUCGCGACAGUGCCAAGAUAACUGUAGAGCAGGUUCACGGAUUGAUGUCACAGGUCAUCAAGGAUAUUCUCUUUAACUCAGUAAACCGCUCCCAUGGAUCUCAACCAGAGUCAUCCAGUCCUGAACCCAUGGUCGAAUCCUGAGCCAUUGGCGAAUGACCUAUCAUAUUUUUCUGUGCGUGGACCUUUCACUUGUUCUGCAGGGUAGCCACAGCUAGAUUUGUCUAAAGAUGGCAUUGGAGUGUUGAUAAUGUAGUACUAUCUCUCUUAUUAUUGCUUCUCAAAAAUUAGUGAUAUAUAUUUGCUGAGUUUCUUGUUUCA